AUGGAAGGGCCGUUACACAUUGAUUUGUUUCAACAAUCUAAACUACUUAUUAACGGAGUCUCUGUAGGUAUAAAACUCCAUCCUAACCGAGACCCAUUUAGACUCAUCACUGACGUCAUCAACCCCGAUUAUCGAGUGAAAAUUGUGGACGCUUAUUUCAGACUGUGUAUUCAGCGACUCAGUAGUAGCGUGUUAAUAGCGCAGGAGAAGCUCAUUCAAGAAAAGCUAGCCAUAUACCCUUACCUACGCACAGAGAUCAAAACAACAGCCAUUGCUUCGGGACAAUUCAGUUACAGCGCGGACGAUAUAUUCCAGGGAUUAGUGCCCAGUAAACUGAUUGUUGGGCUAGUCCCCAGCGCCGCGUUUAAUGGCGAUUAUACCCAAAAUCCGUUCAAUUUUAAACAUUACAACUGUAGUUUUGUAGGACUUUAUGUAGAUGGACAGUCUUUACCUUCCCAACCGAUGCAACCUAAUUAUGCCGCGGAUCAGUAUGUAGAGUGUUACAGAACAUUAGCUCUCUACAGAAGCGAUUUUAACAUUUCAAAAGAAGAUUAUAAGAAAGGGUUUUGCGUAUAUGCCCUAAAUAUUGACCCCCACUAUUCAUUCAACACGAGAAGGAAAGGUCAUUGUCGGCUGGAACUUAAAUUUUCAGAGGCUUUACCAGAGAGUGGCACACUGAUUAUGUACGCCACUUUUCCAGACGUACUUAAUAUUGACAAAGCCAAGGCCGUUUACGUGAAAUGA